UGCUUGGCGCUUGGUGAACUUGGGAUAAACAUUACCUUUGGAUCUUUGGCAAAUACCUUACUUAUGACUGUAAUCUACAUAACAUUCGGACUGUGGCUGCGUUACGCGCCUAUGUUAUUAGUUAAAUUCGGGUAUUGUUUUCGAAUUCGUAAUUGAUUUCUAUGGAAAUAUACUGCUUCGUAUAAUGAAAAUCAACAACUGACAUUCUCUUGUGAGAGAAUUUGAAGAUCUAAAUGACCCUUUUGCGUCUAGAUAUGUGUUAUUGUUAACGCACAAGGAUUGAAGUGAUGUUUAAUCAUGAAAGUCGUUUAUAUCGUAGUUAUUGUUAGUAUUUUAUACAAGUGCCAACCUGUAAUAUCGAAGGGCGAGCCGUUAUCGUUGCUUAAAUCCAAUUAUUCUUCGGAACAAAAAGGAUGGAAUAUAGAACUCGAUAUUUAUUUUGCCAAAACAUUAGCACCUCUAAUAAAGAAAGCACCAGGGACGGAUGUUCGGUUAAAAUGUGAGGCUAUUAUAAAUUUUAAGAAAGUUGAGAAAUUCACUAAAAAUAAAGAAGGCAUAGAGACAUCUUUAAAGGAAUUACCACCAGAUCACAUAAUUCAAAAUUUAAUUAUGAAUGUGAAAGCAUAUUGGUUAAAAGAUAACAGAGCUAUAAUUGAAAACAUAAAGACCAAAACUAAAGUUGAUAAAACAAAUCGUAUCAUAGGCACUACUUUAAAAAUAAAAAAUGUAACCAGGUCUGAUGAGGGCAAUUAUACAUGUGUUAUUAAGCAAAAUUAUGAGAAGAAAUUAACUACAAGAUUAAUUGUUGACAGUGACAUUGUAGAAAAUAAUGAACUAUCUACUUCUAUAUUGCCUAGUAAUGAAGAUGGUAAUGAAUUUAUAACUGAUAUAAAAACAACACCUAAUUUGGUGUCAGAGGGAAUGAUUGCUCAAGACAAUGUUGCAAGUAAGAAUUUAACAGUAAUUCAAGUGUUAGAGCCUAUUUGCCAAGAGUAUGUAGGAAAAGUGUGCAAGUCACAUCUCAGCGGACAAUUUGUUUAUAUACCAUACAAUACAACACAGGCAGCUUUAGAAGAUAAGUUACUUAAAGCAUUCCAAGUGACUAAAUAUUCUAAUGAGAUUAGUUCUCAUUGUGAACAAUAUGCCCUUCCUAGUCUUUGUUACUCAACAUUUCCGAUAUGUAGACAUCCUUUUGUUACAAAUGAGAAAUAUUUCAUUGAAGCUAGGAAGAUAUUUAAAUUGCAUCCUGACUCAGAAAUUGGCAAUAUCAAUGAUAUUCCAAAAGUUAUAUAUGAUAAAUUACCGAAUGGAUUACAGCCUCAAUUGGUGAAUACUACAUCUAUAGGCAUUUUCAACUUUAGAUAUAAUUCAACAAUUUUAAGACGAGUAUGCAAACAAGAUUGUGAGAUAUUAGAGAAUGAACUCUGUCAAACAGAAUAUGCUAUUGCGAAAAGACAUCCACAUAUUGGACAACAGUUGACUCUAGAAGAAUGCCAAGAUUUGCCAGAACAUGACCCUGGUUGCUUAGAAAUUGGUAUAGGCACUUUGAUACUCUCUGAUGAUGAAUGCUAUUGGGAAGAUGGUAGUGGAUACUUAGGCAGGGUGAAUGUAGCUAACAAUGGAAUGCCCUGUGUUGCAUGGUCUAAACAGAUGAACAUUAGAAUGUCAGAAUAUCCAGAAUUAGCUGGUCGGCACAGCUAUUGUAGGAACCCAGGUGGAAAGAAAUCUCAGCCAUGGUGUGUCAUUGACAAUGAUGGCAAAACAGAACAGUUAUGUGACAUACCAAAGUGUGCUCAUAGAAUUUGGAUAUACAUUCUUGGUGUAUUCUUUUUCCUUAUUCUAAUAAUUGGUGGCUUUAUAACAUGUGUCCUGAGAAGAAAACGAAAAGGUAGUGCAUCCACUAUAAGGGAUAUAAACUUACCAAAUGCAGAUAAAAAUAUAUAUGGAGACUCAAGGCUUAAUUCUCCAAUAGAAAUGAAUGAUUUGCUGGCAAAUCAGAACAAUGGUAGUCAGCCUCAUUUGACUAGAAAUGUUAGAGGAAAUGGUGUUCUUCGAGUACCUCAAUAUUCCUUAUCUCAGAUCAAGUUUCUUGAAGAAUUGGGUGAGGGGGCAUUUGGUAAAGUCUACAAAGGCGCGCUUAAAAAGAAUGGAGAAACACUAUAUGUUGCAGUGAAGGCAUUGAAGGAAAAUGCAUCAGCAAAAACGAAAGCUGACUUUAGACGAGAAAUUGAUUUAAUUUCAGAGCUGACACAUGAAAAUAUAGUUUGUAUUGUAGGAGUUGCUUUACGAGAGGAGCCAUUGUGUAUGCUGUUUGAAUUCAUGGCUCGUGGAGAUCUGCAUGAGUUUUUAAUGGGCAGAGCACCACCAUCUGGAAAAGGAUUGCCCCCUAUGCGCUUGCUAAACAUUGCAAGUAACAUAGCCUCUGGAAUGCAGUACCUUGCCUCUCAUCACUAUGUUCAUAGAGACUUGGCAGCUAGAAAUUGUUUAGUUUCGGAUGAUUUCAUUGUUAAAAUAUCCGAUUUUGGUUUAUCAAGGGAUAUCUACAGUUCUGAUUAUUACAGAGUUCAAUCAAAGAGCUUACUUCCUGUGCGUUGGAUGCCGCCAGAAUCUAUUCUGUAUGGUAAAUUUACUACAGAAAGUGAUAUAUGGUCCUAUGGUGUUGUAUUAUGGGAGAUCUACAGCUAUGGACUACAGCCAUAUUAUGGGUAUAGCAACCAGGAGGUGAUAUCGAUGGUGCGUGGGGGUGAGCUGUUAGCGGCUCCAGCUGGCUGUCCGCCGCCCAUGUACGCGCUUAUGCGUGAGUGCUGGAGACACACGCCGCAGAGACGACCGAACUUUGAAGAAAUUGUUAACAGGAUUCAAGAAUGGAUCCAAAUGGGAGGUUGCCCAGAAACGGUCCCGCCCGAUAACAGUAGCGCGUGCGGCUUCAAACCAACGUCCAGUCGGGAGCUGCAAGAGAGAGUGCCCCUACUUCCACCUCACUGCUCCUCGUCAAAUGGCUCGCUGGCUACGGGCAGUUUAAAAAAAUUCAGCACUGCAGGUAGUUCGAGAAAUGACGACAACUUCUCCACUUGCAGCGAGGUACCCCCCCUUGCGCCGAAAACUAAAAAGCACAGUUCCGGUUCUUUGAUAGAUACAGAUAAAGUAGGCACUAAAGAAACGAUCGUCCGAAUACCUAACACUCAUUUUGGUAAUGAAAUUUAGUUUCAUGCUAGUUGGAACGGUAGAUGGUGGUGUUCAAGGUACGAUUUUGAUAGCUUUUGUCACUAUUGCGUUUGCGUCCAUAUAUUACAUUAAAACUUAACACGAUAUGUAAUGAAUACGCAAAUGCGAUAGUAAACUAAAUGUUAAAGUUCAUCCUCGGCCCACAUUUGUGACUUAGUUGUAAGUAAAUUAUCAUUUCUAUUGCUAAUAGGUACACGCUAGUUUAAGAUUAGUAAACCGCCUUAUUUAUUUUUUCAAUUGUAACUUUAUUUUAGUAGAUUAUUUAUUUAUUUUUGUUUUUCGUAAAAACUAUUUCCAAGCGCUUUGUGAAGGACCAAAUGUUGGUUAAUUUAUAUUGAAAUAGAUGUACUUAGCGGUGAAUUAGAAAAAAAUACUCGAAAUUUUCUCAGGCUGUUGAAGGAUAGAGCAAUUUAUAAAGUUUUAUACUUACAUAUGUUUUUAAACUUACUAUAGCAAGAGAAAAGACAAAAUAUGGCAGAGAAUAGUCUUCCUUAAAUUCUGACAUCUCCCAUUAAAAAAAAAAACCAUAAUACUUAUAUAAUAUAAAAAUAUAAGUAUUAUGUUUUUUUAUGAGUAAAUGGAGGGCAGAGAGACACAGAAGAAUAUUUUAGCACUGAAUAUUUAAAGAAACCGCAAAAUUUUAUUUUUUUUUAUAUAAAGGUUGUAAUUUUGGAAUACGUAAAUGAACAAUAUUUUAAAUGACAAUGUAUUAUAACUACAAUGUAUUAUAUUCCUCUAGCAGCUGUACUUAUGAAUGAUGAUGUAUCAAAAAGAUAAGCAGGCUAUUAAGUCUGUUUAUAAGCUGUAGUCUGUAUCUCUCAUGCAAAAAACAGAUUAUCAACAUCUCGCUCGCUCUUCUAAAUGACUCGGGCAAUUACCUAAUUAAUUAUUUGUAUUCCCAUUCUGGAGCGUGUGCAACGUAUCGGACUUUAAAAUCCUUUUAGGAUGUCAGAGUAAUUUGUGAUUUCUGGGUUCUUUAAAUUUUUUUGUUGCCUAAUUUGCAUACAAUUUACAAUUCAACCUCAUAUAACAUAAUAAAGUUCAGAUCUUAGAUUCGUAUUCGAUUUCUUAUUUUGGAUUACUGAAUAUACUGGAAUCGACAAAGGUGCAAACUAUAACUUAAUAAUAACACUUGAUUAGUACUCUUUAUAGAAUUUACUUUUAACUGUAUUUUGAAUUAAUUCACAAAAAACCACUUGUAGUUAAUUGAGGCUAUAUAUUUGUUUUUGUGUCACUAUUGAAACAUAGAAUUGCAGGAAUUUACCACAUAGGUUAAGUGAGAAAAAUAGCUAUGUACUUACGUAUGAUUUAUGCAAUUAGGAAGUUGUAUUCCGGAAUGUCCUAUUUAUAGUAUUAAUUUAGAAAUGCGAUAGAAGCAGGAGAAAAGACAUGACAUGGUACUUCGUAUAGUUAAAAUUUGAUUUUUUUAAGUAAUUCUGUUCAGCUUCUGUUUUAUUUUAAUUUAAUUUCCCGCUAUAGGAAUUGAUGCGAUCGCAUUAUCGUGAUAAAUUCUCGAUUUCCAUUAAAGUCACAUAUUAACUAUUGUUUAAUGUUGCCAAUUCGUGUGGAGGUAGUUUCAGUUAUUCAUCCAUCCUUAGUUAUAAGAUAUACAACGAAGAUUAAGUUUAAUGACGUAUCAUAAUUUAUAUUAAUUACUAUGUAUUACAUUUUGUGAAAUUGAACACUGCCAAUAGUUUUUAAGUUUAUCAACUUUUGCAUAUCUCCAUAUAGGUAUUAUCAAUAGAAGGGGAAGUCAGACCUCGAAGAAGAAACAGACUGUGGAGCAUUUCCGUCCGUAAUCGCGGAUAAAUUUUAAAAUUAAUCGCGGGUAAAUCAAAAAAGGAGUAGCAAUAUAGUGUCGUUAGUUUUGUCGGUAAAGUUAUACUUGUCUCUUUCUAAAUGACCAUUUAACAUUCUUGAGGCAGUCAUGUCUCCCCUACUCUUUAUAAUACCCCUACGUAUAUCACGCUCAAAAUUGUUUAGCCGAGGAUACUUGCCUUUUUAUUGCACAAGUUGACAGCAUUUUUAUAUUUUUAUGAGUGUUGCCAUUUUAACGCUAACCGCGUGUGUAGGGUUUUUGUACACCGCUAGAAUAAUUAUUAUUUAAACCAUAAAAGUUUUAGCAUUUAUAUAAUGUUGUUUUGUUGUUAUGAAUAGGAAUUAAACUUAUCUAAAAAAAAAAAAAACUAAAACUUAUCUACUCGAGUUAGAUCUUGGUGUACACAUUCAUAUCAAUUACCAAGAAAAUCAACAAAUGUGCAGUGACUACGUUUAUUGGUGAACAUUUACGAAGCCACAUACUUUCCAUUUAUAUAGCUAGUAGACAAUGAUCAGUUUACUUAUGUGUGCUUUUAUAUUUGAAAUGAUCACAGCUCAUUUAUACUUAAAAACCCAUCGCAUGUUAACACCUCUUCCAGUUAGAUUUAUUGUGAUGAAAUCAAGCAGAUAGUCAUGUGAUUUGACGCGAAUUUAUGUAAAAUAAAGUAAUAAUAGAGACGGUAAACAUUUAUCGACCACUUUAUUACCCAAAUUAAUGCACACAUUAUUUGUUAUUCAAUGUAUGUUUUUUACUGUAGAUGUUGAUACCAUUUUUACUUUCUUAUAUUUAUCGCUUAAGUAAACCACGGUACACGUUUCUGUACUUGCCAAAGACUUUUUUGUAUGUGAUACAUUUACUUUUUUUACCUAGAUGUAAAACCGUAUUUCUAUGCCGAAUAAUUUAUAAAAAUAAAUGAUUUCAAAA